UAGCUCAAUGUGCUUAUUUGUAUUUGUCUGUACUCUACUUUGACAUUACAUCCUAGAGUGCGGAUAUAAUCUAAGUUAGAAGAAAACAUGUAUACGAGUUUAGCUUUCAGUUUCAUGCCUUGCAAAACUAUUUUAUCUCCUAGAGCUAGCAUCACAACACAAGAUAUUGAAAAUGCCACAGUUUAUUGUACAAAAGUUUCUCGUAAUCCAACAUUGGAGAAGCUUCAGUAUAACUAUUUAUUCCCUGAGAUAUCGGAGAGAGAAGCUCAACAUGCUAAAAAGUAUCCUAAUGCAAAAAUCAUCAGCCUUGGGAUUGGCGACACUACUGAGCCAUUACCAGAUGUUGUAGCUUCGAGCAUGGGUAAUUAUGCAUACAGCCUUUCAACACGUACAGGUUACAGAGGCUACGGAGCUGAGCAAGGAAGCAAGGAUCUAAGAGAAGCCAUAACAGAGACAUUUUACAAAGACAUGGGUAUACAAGGUGCUGAAGUGUUUGUAUCCGAUGGUGCACAAUGUGAUAUUUCUCGCCUGCAGAUGCUCUUUGGAUCAAACAUGUCCAUCGCCGUUCAAGAUCCAAUUUUUCCGGCGUAUAUAGAUUCAAGCGUCAUCAUCGGGCAGACAGGCGAUGUUGAGCAAGGAUCAGGAAGGUAUCAGAAUAUCGAGUACAUGAGAUGCGAUCACCACCACAAUUUCUUCCCUGACCUCUCAAAAACCACGCGAACGGACAUCAUCUUCUUCUGCUCCCCAAACAACCCCACGGGCCAUGCGGCGUCUUGGGAGCAGCUUGAACAGCUCGUGAAAUUAGCUCAAGAGAACGGAUCGAUCAUCGUCUACGACUCAGCCUAUGCUGUUUAUAUCUCAGACGGCAGUCCUCGGUCAAUCUAUGAAAUCCCUGGCGCCAAAAAGGUUGCCAUUGAAGUUUCAUCAUUCUCCAAGAUAGCCGGAUUCACAGGUGUUCGUCUUGGCUGGACCGUCGUGCCUAAGGAGUUGCUAUAUUCCAAUGGUUUCCCCGUUAUUAAUGACUUCAAUCGUAUCAUCUGCACAUGCUUUAACGGAGCUUCAAGGAUAGCUCAGGCUGGUGGCCUAGCAAGCUUAUCCAGUGAAGGAUUCAAGGCUGUUAUGUCCCUGGUGGAUUACUACAAGUCAAAUGCAGAGAUACUGCUGGAGACGUUCGAAUCGCUCGGACUCAAGGCAUACGGAGGCGUAAACGCGCCGUAUCUUUGGGUGCACUUUCCUGGAUCAAAUUCAUGGGAUGUGUUCAACGAAAUUCUUGAGAAAACACACAUAAUAACAGUUCCUGGGAGUGGAUUUGGCCCAGCAGGGAAGGAGUAUAUAAGGGUCACUGCUUUUGGUCACAGAGAGAACAUUCUGGAAGCUUCAGACAGACUGAGGAGUCUUCUUCUCUAGUGCACGCACAAAUAUAACAUCAAUAAAACAGGAAUAGUGUUUGUGUUUUCUAUGUUUUUGCAUUCAGUAUGUAACACUAUCUUGGAAUAAGGGACUGGAAAUAAGGUUGCAUUGUGUAACAAUGGACUCAAUGGCAAUGAAUCUUGAUUUUCUUGGAAUA